AUGGAAAGAAGCCAACAAGCGGUGGAUCUCUCCAACCACCCUUCCGGCAUCGUUCCCACCCUACAAAACAUCGUCUCCACGGUAAACUUGGGCUGCGAGUUAAACCUCGAGCAAAUCGCUCUGCGAGCCCACGAUGCAGAAUACAACCCUAAGCGUUUCGCCGCUGCUGUGAUCAUGAGGACCAGGGACCCCAAAACGACGGCGCUCAUCUUCGCCUCGGGGAAGAUGGUAUGCAAGGGUGCCAACAGUGAGCUGCAGUUGAAGCUGGCUGCCAGGAAGUAUGCUCGAGCAGUUCAGAAGCUCGGUUUCCCGGCCAAGUUCGAGGACUUCAAGAUCGAGAACAUGGUAGCCUCUUGUGAUGUGAAGUUCCCCAUCAGGCUCGAAGGUAUUGCUGCAUCCUCCCAUGGCGCUUGCUCGAGUUACGAGCCCGAGCUUUUCCCGGGGCUGGUAUACAGAAUGAAACAGCCCAAGGUCGUGCUCAGCAUUUUUGCGUCGGGGAAGGUCGUGAUCACGGGAGCUAAGGCUAGAGAGGAAACGUAUGCAGCGUUUGAGAACAUAUACCCUGUGCUUGCUGAGUUCAGGAUAUAG